UGAGCCGUUUAUUAAAGGUUUCUAGAAAUGAAUUUCCGGGGAUCACAGUGAGGCACUGGACUGGCUGUCUUACAGUAUAGGCAGUUUUGUCUCCUUCCUGCUGUCCCAACUACUGCCUUCAAUGCGCCAGGACAGCUAAAAUCAUUUCCGGGGUCCCUCCGGGAGGAGAAGCUGUGUCAGAAUAACCGGAAACCCCCCCCCACUUCCCAGCGCCCCCUACUGCGCCUGCGCGUCACUCGGCGGCGCGCUCUCCCGAGGCAUUGUGGUUGUUGUAGUCUCCCCGUAUCCUUGGCGCCCACCGUUCCGUGACGCCGCCGCCCCUCAGCCACACCCCGCAGUGUCCCUCCGGGGCCGCCGCGGGGCCUGCGAACCGGGCGCAGCGUUCAGGCCAGUCAGCUGUUUCUCCUUGGGCAAAGGGCGGAAGCCCGAGCAGCCUGGGGCGGAGCUUCGCGUAGAGCGAACGCCCACCCGUCCUACGUGCUCGUUCGCCUCUGUUCGCUGCGCGCGAGCCGGGAGUCCCCCGCGGCGGGCGGCGGCGGCGGCGUUGGCGGAAGGAGGCGGCGGUGGAGAGAAGCCCGCGGCUGCCGCGGCGAUAGCGAAAUGGCGGAGACCGUAGCGGACACCCGGCGGCUCAUCACCAAGCCGCAGAACCUGAAUGACGCCUACGGGCCGCCCAGCAACUUCCUCGAGAUCGACGUGAGCAAUCCGCAGACAGUGGGGGUCGGCCGGGGCCGCUUCACCACCUACGAGAUCAGGGUCAAGGUGAGGCGGGUGGUGGUGCCCAUCUUUAAUCUCAGAAUCUCUACUGUUAGAAGAAGAUACAGUGACUUUGAGCAUCUUAGGUCGAAACUAGGAAGGGACUGCAAAGUUGUCGUUCCCCCACUCCCGGGGAAAGCAUUUUUGCGGCAGCUUCCUUUUAGAGGAGACGAUGGAAUAUUUGAUGAUAAUUUCAUCGAGGAAAGGAAGCAAGGGCUGGAACAGUUCAUAAACAAGGUAGCUGGUCAUCCCGCCCAGAAUAGACGUUGUCUUCAGUUUUUACAGGAUGAAAUCAUAGAUAAAAGCUAUACUCCAUCUAAAAUAAGACAUGCCUGAGUUUGGCAA